AUGGGCAUGUACGAUAAGAUGUCUACUUUAAAAACCAAAAAAUCCACGCAGCCGAGCCGCAAGGGGAAAAAGGCCUGGCGAAAGAAUGUUGACAUUACGGAGAUUGAGGAGACGUUGGAAGAGAUAAGGAACGAGGAGAGAGUGCUCGGCGGUAAAAUUCAAGAAUUGCCCACCGAAAAACUUUUUUUCAUAGACACGCAGGGUGAUGUUGAAGUUCAGAAGAAGAUAAAAAAAAGACUUGCCAAAUUACGCAUUGAUCAAAUUUUGGAAUCUCGAAGCAAAAUCCCGCCAGUCUAUUCGAAACCUUUGAAGCAAAAACAUGGGAAAAAAACUUCAAAGUUUACCGAAAUGAGUGUGGAAAAAUCGAUGCAGAGCAAAUACGAUAAACCCGACAAAGAGGUUGUCUUGAAAUCAGGGGAAUAUGAUAUAUGGUUACAAGAUUCUGAUGAAGUCUCUCAUCCGCAAAAGAAGCGAAAGAUCAAGCCUCCUCCGACGCUAAAUGCGAAACCCGCAGGGAAUACACCAGCUGUUCGAAUUCCGCAUCCUGGAUCAAGUUACAUGCCUGAAGCGCAAGCCCAUCAGGAACUCCUGAUGAUCGCCCAUAAAGAAGAAGAAACAAAAUUACUGCAAUGGCAGCGAAUUAAAUCUCAAAUUCCUCCGUACACAGUAGAGAUUUCCACUUCUGGAGAUGCAGUAUGUAGCGAUAAGGGUGAAGAUUCUGAUUUAGAAGAAAAUGAUGGGAAUGAAAAUGGAGAAAAUGUACAGAAUAAAGUUAAAGAUCAACGUCAGAAAACUAAAGCUGAACGAAGGAAACAAAAGAAAAUAAUUGAAAGAUUGAGGGAAGAAGAAAGACGAAAGGCACAAAAAGAUCAGAAAAAGAAAUUGGAAAGGCUUCCGGAGAUUAUCGAUAAAGUAGAACAGGAAUUCGAUGAACACGAAAAAAAGUUAAUCGAACGGAAAAGAUUAGCUGCGGAAACAAAGAAUUUGCCAAAAAGCAAAAUUGGAAAAUAUCGAGUACGAAAGACGCCAACCGAUGUGCUGCUUUCAGACGAGUUGAAACCUACCUUUAGGCAGUUUAAGCCCGAAGGAAAUUUAUUUAGAGAACGAAUGGUCAGCUAUGAAGAGCGCAACAUCGUUGAGCCAAGGGUACGCGUUAGGUAUGAUUGA